AUGUCUCUAACAAGCAUUUUGAUUUCUUGGAUUGUGGUCUUUUAUAUGGUGAACUUUGCAAGUGCGACGACGAGUUCUUGUCGAACAGCAGACGGUCAGUUUGAUGUCACUGUAAAUUACCGUGGUAAAAAUGGACAAGAAACUCCUAAAUCGUCAGUAAUAGCAUUCUACGCCUUCAUGUCAAAAGCAAUCACGAACCCGGGCGUUGGUCGACGACUGGUAUUUGAUGUCAUCAAGCCAAACCAGGGUGGUGGAUAUAACAGCCAUACAGGUGUUUUUACCUGUCCAAAGACUGGGACAUACGUUUUCGUGUGGGUUAUAAGACUGAAUUCUGCAUAUCAUUCCUUUGAGUUGAUGAUCAAUAAUUCCAUGUAUGGUUCCACCUACCUUUAUAACAAAAAUGCCGACGGCAGCGUCAGUGGUACAGUUGUUGCGUAUGUGUCGAAGGACGAUAGUAUUUACGUUCGUAUGCACUCUUCCUACAAUGGCGUGGGUGAAUUAUACACUGAUAAAUACGGUAGAACAGCAUUUUCCGGAUGGUUACUGAACUAAACAGUUUGAUUUGAAUAAAUGCAUUCUCUCAAAA